AGCCGCGAGUGCCCCCCGGCAGGCUUCGGGCUCCCGCAGCGGCUCCGCAGGAGGUGUAGAAGAUCUGCUGGCUACGACUGCUGCCUCCUGAAGUGAUGGCCCUGGCAAGGGUCUGGGCAGCCCUUCCUCUCUCUACUACUAGCCUUGGGAUACUGCUCUUGGCCUACGCUCUCCCUGCAGAAGGACUCGCUCAGAAGCAUGGCCCAGAUAUUAUUGAUGAUGACAACAAGGAUAACAUCACCAUAUUCACACGCAUCCUGGACCGGCUGCUGGAUGGCUAUGACAACCGGCUGCGACCUGGGCUUGGAGACACGGUAACUGAAGUCAAGACGAACAUUUAUGUGACGAGUUUUGGGCCCGUCUCAGACACGGACAUGGAGUACACCAUUGAUGUGUUUUUCCGGCAGUCCUGGCGAGAUGAGAGGCUAAAGUUUGAUGGUCCUAUGAAGAUCCUCCCUCUCAACAACUUGUUGGCCAGCAAAAUCUGGACACCAGACACCUUCUUCCACAACGGCAAGAAGUCUGUAGCUCACAACAUGACCACGCCCAACAAAUUGCUCCGACUGGUAGACAAUGGCACUCUCCUCUACACCAUGAGACUGACCAUUCAUGCAGAGUGUCCGAUGCACCUGGAGGACUUCCCAAUGGAUGUGCACGCCUGUCCACUGAAGUUUGGGAGCUAUGCCUACACCAAGGCAGAGGUGAUCUACACAUGGACCCAUGGGAAAGUGGAGGUGGCCGAAGAAGGCUCGCGGCUGAAUCAAUAUGACCUUCUUGGCCACAAUGUUGGGAGAGACUCCAUUGAGUCGAGUACAGGGACCUACAUUGUGAUGACCACUUACUUCCACCUCAAGCGCAAGAUAGGGUACUUUGUGAUCCAGACCUACUUGCCGUGCAUCAUGACAGUCAUCCUGUCUCAAGUCUCCUUCUGGCUCAACAGGGAGAGUGUUCCAGCACGAACAGUGUUUGGGGUCACCACAGUCCUUACCAUGACCACUCUGAGCAUCAGCGCAAGAAACUCCUUGCCCAAAGUGGCAUAUGCGACGGCCAUGGACUGGUUCAUGGCUGUCUGUUAUGCCUUUGUGUUUUCUGCAUUGAUUGAGUUUGCUGCGGUCAACUACUUCACAAAGCGCAGCUGGUCUUGGGACGGCAAGAAGGUGCUGGAGGCGCAGGAGCUGAAGAAAAAAGAGCCAGUCACAUUGGCAAAGAAGACCAACAACACCUACAACAUUGUGGGCACAACAUAUGCCCUCAACAUCACCAAGGAGCCAGGCCUGCCCACCAUUGCCAAGAGUGCGGUCGCAACCACGGCCACACCUUCUCCUCCCCCUCCCCCUCCUCCUCCCGCGGCUGCUGUCCUUGUCCCCCCAAAGGUGCCCCGGUUGGAAGAGAAGCCUCCUGAGAACAAGAAGACCUACAACAGUGUCAGCAAGGUAGACAAAAUGUCCCGCAUUGUCUUCCCGGUCUUGUUCACCAUUUUCAACAUGGUCUACUGGGCGACGUACGUCAACCGGGAGUCUGCCAUCAAGGGUAUGAUCCCCAAGGAAUGAAAUGGGCCACCAAGCCCUCUUCCAUCUGACCCAGACAGAGGAGUUUCUGAGAGGGCUGCUUUGUCCCCGGCUGGUUCUUUAUUCAUUUUUAUCUUAUUAUUAAUUUUAUCAGCUGACUUUCUUCUUCUCCUCAUGCAAACCAAACUAUUUUUUUUUAAAAAAAAGAAUAACCCCAACAACAUUUAAUUUGUUAACUUGUUUUUUUCUAUUUUUGUUGUGAAGGGGUGUGUGUGUGUGUUGGGGGGGAUGUAUCACAGAAAAGUGUGCCUCCAUCGCGGUGAGUCUGGCAUCCAUCUCCCCAGAGUCCCUUGCCUUCUGCCCCUCCCCCUGCCCCAGCAGAAGCUGCUGGAUUUGUGCCCUGCUCAUUCCAUGCUGAGUUCUGCCGAGAGACGUGAGGCUGUUUCCUCCCCUCGGAUGGACUGCCCUGGUGACUCCAGCUGUCGCCUGUCCAAGGAAGCAACCCUUGCUGUGUUUGUAUGUUGUGGCUUCUCUUCUGCUGUUGCCUUUCUGCAGUAGCUGCUUCCUCAAGGACAGGGGGUGGGGACCUGCUGUGGCCCUCCAGAUGUUGCUGAACUACAACUCCCAUCAGCCCCAGCAAGCAUAGCCAAUGGCCAGGGAUGAUGGGAGUAGUAAUUCACCAUCUGGAGGACCACAGGCUCCCCACAACUGCUCAAGGAGAAAUAUGUUCCCUAUUUGGAGAGCUCCAUCUUGAUGAGGGCGGGGUCACCAUUAGCAGAGGGGAAGGAUGUUGGUUGGUGUAAAUAUGGCCUACAGGGAGAGUCAGGAGAGCCGUGGAGUUUAGACAGGUGCUGUUCUCAGUAAAGGGCGAGUUCAAAUAGCGUUCAAGUCUCGGGUUUAGCCUGAGCAGCGGGUGCUGACAGUACCAGGCACACACUUGUCCCAUGGUGUGCAGUGUUGUCAUUGCAUCCCCUGGUUUCCUUGGAGAUGCUUGCAAAAUUUCUCCUUCCAAAUUAUGGAUUUCAUGAUUCUGAAUUUCCUGUUUCAGAGCCACAAAUGUGUUAAUUAUCUGCCAUUAUGCUGAACUGUGUUUCCAGAUCUUGUAGAGAUCACUGUGCAUUCACAGUUUACUCUUCUUCCAGUUCUGCAUUCCUUCAUGGGGUUUUUUUUUCUCUUCCCUGUUUAGUCAUGUGCAGGGGGAAAUGUGCACACUGCCUCCUCCCCAAACUGUUUGUGUGAAGAAAUGAAUCAUCAUUUGUCUACUUGGCUCCUUCAUGGAUAUAAUGCUCCGCAUGUACUGUUAUCCAUCUUUUGUAAUAUCUCAUAGAAAUUUUUGUGCAUGAGAAGUGCUCACUUUUAAAGAUCAUGUUGGAAUAUUCUCCCAUCCACCCCCCUCAUGAAAAUGGACAUGGCUUGCAGGAGACAUGGCCUGCUCCACUUCCAAGAGGGAGGCAAGAAACAGAUCAGCCUCCUCAUUUUGUCAGGUUAUGGGGGGGGGGGGAGGCAAGCAAACUGCUCAGCUGCUUGUCCGCCUAAGGAACUUAACUGUUGGAGGACAAGGAGGAGAAAGAGGAGGAGGAGGAAGGCAGGAAGCACCUCUUCUUCUUCGGUGGCAUUAGGCAAGGACAUAGGUGGGGGUUAGUUUACUUGUGCAUGUGCACACGCAAACACACACUCUGUAGGCCUGCACAUGACACUGCGAUGGUGCAGCCCUCUGCUCCUUUGGAUGUACAUCCUGCUACUUGGGAAGAGAGCAGCCACGUGCUUCAAGUCCAAAUCCGCAAAUCUCUCAGCAUGGUUAUCUGCUGCUAGGUGAACUUUGUGGCAUGUGUGGAAACAUGCAUUCCCUCCACAUCUGGGCCUAUGUGUCAUUGUCUUGCACACUAUUCCAGACCAUUUUUGAAAAAUUCCACUGUGAGUGAUUGCUCGCAUGCAUGGAUUACUUCAAGAGAAAAAAAAAAUGAAUGAACUGCAGAUGGGCCACUUCCCAAAUUCCUCCUCCUCCUCCACUUUCUCCACAACCACCUGUCUUUUUCUUUUUCCCUUUCUCUUGAGAGGAGCUGUCCAAGGUGACCAGUCUCUCUUCCUUCUUGGGCCCACCCUGUUUCAGAGUAGGAUAAUGUAUUUCUAUCUUUUACACAGAAUGUUGGUCUUGAGAGGGUUUUUGUUACUAAGCUUUGAAAUAA